AUGAACUCCAGGAUCCCAUCUGCCAGGGGCUGGUUCAGCAGCCGCCCACCCACCUCUGAGCCUGACCUGGAGCCUGCCACAGAUGGGCCAGCUUCCGAGACCACUACCCUCAGCACAGAAGCUACCAGCUUUAAUGACACCAGAAUCCCUGAUGUGGCUGGUGGCACUGCUGGUGUGGGCACAAUGCUUCUGUCCUUUGGGAUCAUCACAGUGAUUGGCCUGGCUGUGGCCAUGGUUUUAUACAUCAGGAAGAAGAAGAGGCUGGAGAAGCUCCGCCACCAGCUCAUGCCCAUGUACAACUUCGACCCUACGGAGGAACAAGAUGAACUGGAGCAGGAGCUGCUGGAGCACGGGCGGGACGCUGCCUCCAUGCAGGCUGCUGCCUCUAUGCAGGCCAUGCAGGGCAAGAGGCUGAGCUGGCUCCAGGGAGGAGGCAUGGGACUACUGCCCAAAGUGGCCCAGGUGAAGCUGGCUGCCAAUGGAGGGGCUAUAGAUGAAAUACAGCCCGAGUUUUGGGAGGUGGGAGCUGAGAACCCUUCUGCAGAGCUUUACCUGCAGAGUCCCCCUGUUCAGAGCAUCCACAUCAAGGGCUAG